AUGCCCUCAUUUAGUUCUACCUCGCCUAGAGAAGCCUGCCUGUCUAAGCUCACGCGUGGAGCUAGACCCGCCGCCCCGUUCCAAGGUCUAAGACCCGUUUUACUGCCAACUUUCGGCUACGUUAAGUCGUCGUCAGCCGCGCUGCCACCCCUUGUAGCAUCCACCAUCUCUUCGCAAACCUGGAAGGCUCACGUUGAGGUGGCGCGUGGUGGCAUGUCAUAUGACCAUGGGUUUAGCGUCGGGCGACUUGGGCUUUACUCCGAGUGGUUAGAAUAUCCCUGUAGGUUCAAGUCCACGUCACAGCGGCAAAUUUUUAUAGUUAUAUAA